AUGGCUGUUCCACAAAACAAACCGAAGGCAAAUCCACAUAUAAGUGAGAUAUCAUAUCUAAAGAAAAAACCAAACCCAGAAAGAGCUCAUGAUUUACUCCAAGAUUUAACUAGGUCCGUGUCAUAUUUGAUGCGUAAGUUCAAGUUAAAAGUCAAAACUGUAGCAGAAUUUUAUCCUAAGGACAAAAAUUUACUUGGAUUGAAUGUAAAUCGUGGUCAAAAGAUUAUGGUCCGAUUGAGAUCACCAUAUAAUGAUUAUGAAUUUUUAAGUUGGGAAGCAAUAGUUGAGACUAUGCUUCAUGAACUAACGCAUAAUCGUUUCGGACCUCAUGAUGAUAAAUUUUACAAACAGAUGGAAGAUUUUCGUUCAGAGCAUUGGAUAUCUCAAGUGCAAGGACUUCAAGACAAUUUUUUAGGCACUGGGAGAAAAUUAGGUGGUAGUGGUUCCAGGAGUAGGUCCAAUAUACAAAGUAAGAAUUAUGUUGGGAAAGGUGCGCGAUUAGGUAUAACCACGGCUGAAUCAGGCAAUGGAAGGCGACUGACUCCUCGAGAAAUGGCAGCCCGAGCAGCAUCAAAGAGAAAUACAAAUGAACAGUUAAAAUUAUGCCAUGAUGAGAAUGUUAAUAUUCAAGAAAUCCUGGAUAAUCAUAGUCAAAUGGAGAGCCAAAUCGAAGUAAUAGUAAUAGAUGAUGAUGACGAUGUUGACAACGGUACACGAUUCGCAUAUAAUCAAAAAAGCACUUCAGGUUCUCCUCUUGACAUUAUAGACCUUACAUAA